UUUCAGACUGUUUUGGUCUUUUCGCUGUUAGCAACGGAAAGAAUCCGAGAUAGCUGCAAACCCUAUUUUGAGAUAAUACUUAUAUAACAAAUUGACAAGAGGUGUAACACACAUGUUGAUUUUUGGAAAAGUUACUGGAGCGUGUUGUCUUUUUUAAAUAUUAUUUUUUUCAGUUUUAAUAGGAAUUGUACAGGUUGCUAAUUUAGCUCGCAACUGUUAGCUAGGCUAGCUGCUUAGCAAAGCAUCCUCCUGAACAGGCACGUUUACUUUAGCCUGCUGGCUAAGCUAGGUCUUCGGAUUCCUCAACGUUAGCGAGGUGCCGCACAACCACACACCUUCUCAGCGUCAAGAAAUUGCGGCUUGAAAUUGGUUGGUUAAAGACGCUGUCUUUUAUGGGAUCACCAUGUCAAUGAAGGCCGGUGGAAAUCGCAGCAAGCCCGGCGGUGGCAGCACCGCUGGUGCCGCCGCCGCCGCCUCCGGUGCCGGAGGAAGCGGCGGGGGGAGGCAGAAUCUGGGCAGGGGGAGACAUAGUGGGAAAGGUCCAGCAGCAGUCAUUUUCAAUGGUGUAUAUGCAAAUAUGAGGAUGGUCCAUGUCUUGACUUCAGUGGUGGGGACCAAGUGUGAGCUUAAAGUGAAAAAUGGAGCCAUCUAUGAAGGAGUAUUUAAGACAUACGGUCCAGAGUGCGACCUGGUGCUGGAUGCAGCCCACCGAAAGAGCACAGAGCCAAGCACAGGGCCCAGGAAAGAAGAUAUUGUGGAGAGCAUCAUUUUCAAGGCCUCUGAUGUUGUAGUUGUGACCUUCAAAGAUGUGGACCUUAAUUUCGCCAGGAAAGUCUCUUCUGACACAGACAACUUCACAGAUGCAGCAGUGAGCGGUCGGAUCAAUGGCGAGCAUAAAGAGAAAGAUCUAGAGCCCUGGGAUGGGGGAGAGACCCACAAUUCUGAUAGCUUUGAGUCUCUGGAUACAGAUGUGUCUAAUGGGUGGGAUCCCAAUGACAUGUUCAAGUACAAUGAGGAGAAAUAUGGAGUCUUGUCUACAUAUGACAGCAGCCUGUCCACAUAUACAGUACCCUUGGAGAGGGACAACUCAGAAGAGUUCCUGAAGAGGGAGGCGCGUGCUGCUCAGCUGGCAGAGGAGAUCGAGGCUAGCGCCACGUACAAGGCCCGCGUAGCUCUGGAGAAUGAUGAACGCACUGAUGAGGAGAAAUACACUGCUGUUGUGCGAGGGGAAAGGGAGACCCACACACUUGGCAGAGAGAACAAGUACAUUCCUCCUGGUCAGAGGAACAGGGAGGCAAUGUCGUGGGGGCCAGGGCGUCAGAAUUCACCUCGUCUUGGUCAGAGCUCAGCUGGACCCCCAACUCCUCGACCAGGACCCCACGACUACAGUCCCAGCUCUGGAGCCGACCAGCGGGUGGUUAAUGGAGGUUCAUCCCAUUGGCCCUCACCCUGUCCAUCUCCUUCCUCCCGUCCCCCUUCUCGUUACCAGUCCGGUCCCUCCUCCCUGCCUCAUCGGGCAACCACGCCCACCAGGCCACCUUCCAGGCCCCCCUCUCGACCUUCCAGGCCUUCCUCUCAUUCAUCCCAUCUCUCUUAUCCCUCCUCUUCAUCCUGCUUUUCCCACCAUGGGCCCACGUCACCAGCCUCCACUCUGGUCAAACGCAUGUCUUCAGAAGGUCCACCAAGGAUGUCUCCAAAAUCUCAGCGGACACCACGUGCUCACAGAGGGCCACCCUGCCGGACCAGUGGAGUAUCCCCAGGAGUGGACUUAAUUUCCCAUAAUGCCCCUGGAGAGGCCUCAGUAACUCCAUCAACUAGGAGUAGCUCUUCCUCUGGCGGGACGUGGUCCUCAGUGGUUAGCGGAGCUCACAGACCUCGAUCCCCCCGACAGAAUAGCAUGGGUGGAGCCUCUCCUGGCUCCUCCUCCCUCCCAUCACCUCAGACAGGUACAGCUCCUGUGGAAUCUGUUAAUACUCCAACAUCAGCUUCCUCUCCUACUGCUGCUAGUCCUGCCCCCAACAUAGUAACUUCUCCAUCAGGAGAUGCAAAAGAAUGUCGUGCCCAGGAGACAAGACAAACAUCUCCUACAAUCAAGGAGAACCUCAAGCCUUUGGAAAGCUCACCUAAUUUUACUAGACAAGUUUGUAAAGGACCGCCUUCUAUACCAUCAGACCACAGAAAACAGAUAGAUAAUUUAAAGAAAUUUAGUGUAGAUUUUAGGUUGCAGUCUAGUUCAAACCCAGACCCACCCUGUGAAAUGGUGAUGACCAAGCCUGCUAGAGAUUCUGCAGACAAGCCUAAAGAUCUUCCCCUGGACAAAGCCUCCACAGUUGGGAGGGAGGGUGCUGAAGAUAGUGUCGUAGUAAUUGCUGCUGGCACAACUAGUGGUACCUCUGCUCCAUCCACUACUACCACGAACACCAGUAAGCCUGACAGUCCCGCUGCAAUGUCUCCGUCUACUUCUGCCCCUGACCAGAAGAGGACAGGGCUGGAUGUGACAUCACAGGGAGUUCAGACGACAGCCACCUCAACGUUCAGCGGACCCAAGCAUGAAGAGAAGGAGGAGAAAAAAGAAGCAGUGCAAGAUCAAGUAAGAAAAUCAACCCUCAACCCAAAUGCCAAUGAGUUCAAACCCAGGUUUAACUCACAGCCCAAACCAGCCAACACCCCGACGCCUCCCCGGCCUCAGGGCCAGCCCAGCCCCUCCAUUGUGGUCCAGCAACCUCCGACUGUUUACAGCCAGACAGUCUGCUUCCCCCAGAUGUAUCCACUCACGCCAGUCAGCCCUGGAGUUCAGAAAAGCAUAAUAUGGAAGUCUCCAGCUAUGUACCAGGUUCAGAUGCCUCAUAUGACAGUCGGCCAAUCUAAACCCUACAGACCAGGUAAAGUACCCAACAUGCCCCAGCAGAGGUCAGACCAGCACCAUCCACCAGGCACACCCACAAUGAUGCACCCAGCCACAGCAGCAGGGCCACCGAUUGUAGCACCGAGCCCAGCCUACUCUGCACAGUACUUCACCUGCAGCCCACAGCAGUUUACCAGUCAGCCGCUCGUCCAGCAGAUGCCACACUACCAGUCACAGGCGCAGCAUGUGUUUAGUCCAGUGAUGCAGGGCAGUGCCAGGAUGAUGGCGCCUCCCACGCACGGCCAGCCCAGCCUCGUUUCUUCCUCGACUACACAGUACCAAGAGCAGACACACACCAUGUAUGUGUCUCCAGGCCCAAUGCCUCAGCAGUACCCCCAUCCUAGCGCCACCUUGCACCCUCACCCACAGCACCCUCAGCCCUCUGCCACGCCCACAGGCCAGGCCCAGCAGGGUGGACCGCCACAGCAUGGAGGCCCUCCUAGCCACCCAGCUGCCAGCCCAGUCCAGCACCCACAGCACCCGCAGGCAGCAGCAGCAGCAGCAGCAGCAGCCCAGGCCCUCCACCUGGCCAACCAGCCUCCACAACAGCAGAUGUAUUCGGCCUUGGCACCCACGCCACCCUCUAUGACCCCAGGGCCAAACCCUCAGUCCCCGCAGGCAUCAUUCCCUUCUGCUCAACAGGCCGUAUAUAUCCACCCACAGCAGGUGCAGCAUGGCUACAACCCCAACCACAUGGCACAUGUGCAGCAGGCCCAUAUGCAGUCUGGUAUAGUGCCAUCUCACCACCCGGCACCCACUCAUCCCCCGAUGAUGCUGAUGGCUACCCAGGGUCCUCCAGCAGGUCCACAGCCACCUAUGCCUCAGACUGCCCUUAACCCCAUCCCUGUUUCCUCAACCACACAUUUCUCCUACCUGGCACAUCCACAAGUGCAAGCUCAUCAUCAGCAGCAGCUGUAGAUGGAGGCCAUCAGCGAGCUGAGGGACCCGCUCUGCGCCACGCUUCUCAACCAGAGCCUUCAUAACCAGGCGAUGAAGAGAAUGAGAGCCCCUCCCUCUCCUCUCCUUCCUCAUCCUCACCAGACAUGCUUCACAUCAGCUUCUCUUCUUCCCCUCCUCCUCCCUCUCCCCCCCUCCCCCCUCCCUCCCUGACCAGGCAAUAAGAGAAUGUUAACAGGUUGAUGCAGUGACAUGUUUUAACGAGCUAGAGUUUUAACAGACAAGACCGCUCCUGUUCAGGCCCUGUUCUCUCACACACGCACGCACACACAAACAAACAUCUGCAAACACUGCACACACACACACACACACACACACACACACAUAUUUUUUCAGGGUCCCAAAUUGCAACUUAAGUCAGCUUGCCAAGUAAGAUGUGAAAGAGAGUGAACAAUCAGCGAGUGUGAAGAAGAAAAUUCAACUGGAACUCGUAUUUUGUCUGCACCUUGUUAUGAAAAAGAAAAUCUUCCAACCUUUAGACAGUAUUAAUCCUACUGUUUAUUGCUGCUGCUAUGUGCUGCGUUUGUUUCCAGACUACACGACACGUUUCUAACCAAACUAAAAACUAAACAUGACAAGAAACUUUCUGUGAAAUAAACUCGUGUUGGCAGCCGAGAGGACAGGAGAAAAUGUUAUUUAUGAAAAUAUAACGGCUGAGGUGAUCAGAUCCCACUUCUCACCUGACCCUUAUGUAACUUUUAAGUUAAAACUUUUACUUUGUAGAUAAUAUAAAUAAUUUAAAAAAUGAGCAAAAAAAAAAUUAAAAACAAUAAAAAAGUUUUAAAAACUGAA